ACAGACUUUUCCACACGUGUUUAACAGUGUGCUGUUAUUUCAGUUUGUGUACACCCAGAUUAAUAGCAUCUAUUUAUUUCAUUUGUUCCCAAGGGGUCUCCUGGAGAAAGAAUUGGAGUCUGUAGGAAUCCGGCUGAACAAGCGCAAACCUAACAUCUAUUUUAAGGUAGAGACUAACCUUGUAACUGUUUUACUGUCACACUGGUUUGGGAUAGGCAACUGCUGUGGUCAUCAAUUCCCAGAAUGUUUGUUUUUCUUUCAUAGAUGGUGCAAUGGUUGCCUGUCUCGGGGACACAUUUUCUUGACCUGUUCCACUGUUAAAGAAUACAUUAUAUAUUUUCUGUUUCUUCUUCUUUUUCUUCUUUGUUUUAGCCAAAAAAGGGAGGAGGAAUCUCCUUUAACUCCACAGUGCCCCUAACCCAGUGCUCCGAGAAACUGGUGCAGUUAAUUCUGCAUGAAUACAGUAUCCUUUCUACAGAGAAUACUAUGUUACGGCAUACUAAUGGUGUAUCGGGAAAGUACUGGAUGCAUACAGAACUCUUGUUGUGCUCCGUUGCCUUGAAGUUCAGUGAAGACAUUAAAUAGAAAGGUGUUUUUUUUGUGUGUCUGCUGUCAAAUAUGAAGUAUCAUGUUGCGGAUCUGCCAUAUUUACCACAGUAAUGUUAAUUGUGAAAUAUAGCGGUGACCGGGUACAUCCUGCAAUUUAUAUUUUGUGACUGUUCAGAAAAAGGAUAGGAGUUUUAACAGUUGGAACUGGUCUUUUACUUUUGCUGUUUCUUGCCAUCAGGGUUGAGGAAUACAGAUUAAAAUAGCCUUUACUGUUCAAUCAUUUAAAUUGAGGGAAGAAUACAAAACAUAUAGGCAGAUCUGCUUUAAGGGCUGUUUCAGGUAUGUGUUUUACAAAGAGGAAACAAAGCAGAAUGAUUUGGGAGAUAACCUCCUAGCUUGCCAUCUGGUGAGAGGGGGUGGGGGUAUGAAAUUAGAUGGUGAUAGAGGGACAGUCAAGAGGGUCAUUGUGGAUGCUUAGGGACCGAACUGCCUUCCUUACUGCACAAUUACACUUCCUUGAUAUGUGACAUAAAUAGGUCUUACACAUCCCACACCUAUUGGUGUUUAACAAAAAAUCCUUAAAGUUUGCGAUGCCCAACAAUAUCCGUUAUAGCCAUCAAGCCACUUGUUGGAUGUGGUGCUGCAGCCCCCAAUGCUAGAGGGAAAUUAAUUACAAGUCUUUUUAACACAGGAUAUCAAUUGUAAUAUUAAGCAGGUAGGCCAAUUUAUGGUUGAUUAUGAUUUAUUUAUAAGUCAAUGAUGUGGAGCAUCCCUAGAGUUCUAUAUAUAAAAUACUCUUUAUUCGCCAGUGUCAUUUUGGGGAACCCGGACCCUGUAACAUGUCUGACAGGUCUUGCCAUUCCUAUUUGCAUCCUUCCUUAAUGCAGACUUUCCUCAGAAAUGUUCAACGCCGAGAUUCUGUUCAGGGAGGACUGUACACCGGACGACUUCAUUGACGUUAUUGUUGGGAACAGAGUUUACAUGCCCUGUCUAUAUGUGAGUGUGAGACGCCGUGUAACGAUGCAGAUUAUAUUCCCUCAGUGCAAUCAAAUAGUUCAAAUCUGGGACCUAGCUGGCAUUACAGGGAUCGUGAACAAAGGGUGCUUCUUGGGCAUGGUUCUAAAAAUAAAAACUAGCAAUCGCCAUGGAAACCCAUCUGUGAUUUAAGAGGAUACAUGCCUAAAACCGGUGCCAGCCAUGGUACUUUGGGACUCCUGGCAUUCCAAAGCCUGGAGUUGUCUGAGAUUGAUUCCAGUUAACCUUAUGUAGGUUGGCCUCCAGAAUAAGUAAAUAUGUCAGGCCAGCAACAACUCCCAUUGAUUUUAUCUUCUCUAUUGUGUCCUUUCAGGUUUAUAAUAAAAUUGACCAAAUCUCAAUGGAAGAGGUAGACCGUCUGGCCCGGCAGCCGCACAGUGUGGUGAUCAGGUACGUGUCCUGCAGGUUACGGUCACAUUGCUACCUGGAUAGAGCAUGAUGGCAGCAGGUCAGAGAUUUUCCGGAGUUUCACAUUUGUAAUAUUACUGCAGAAAUGAGUGCUAAAGGAGAGGUCAGAGCAAGGGGGUCUGGUGGACAGGAUGUAUGAUUUUAGAUUUGGCCAUUGUUAAGGGUGACUCCUUGUCAUUGUGUUGGUGUAUCUCUGGUUCAUUAAGGUGUGUGUUUGUAAAGCCUUUUGUAACCUUCAAUUGGGAUUCAGGAAAAGAAUGUGGAAUUGUGUGUAAUAUAUUUUAUUAUAUAUUUUUACUUUAUUUUUGUGCUUUAGUUGCGGAAUGAAGUUAAACUUGGACUUCUUAGUGGAGAUGCUGUGGGAGUACCUCGCACUGACCUGUAUCUACACUAAAAAGAGAGGACGUAGGUUCCCUUUUAACCCCUUAAGGACUGGACUGUUUUUGCGAUGUUGUACAUUUGCGACCAGGAAUAUUUUUACACUUUUGUGGUGUUUGUGUUUGGCUGUAAUUUUCUGCUUUCUCAUUUACUGUUCCCAUACAAAUUAUAUAUUGUUUUUUUCAGGACAAAAUGGGCUUUCUUUACAUACCAUUAUUUAUAUAAUCUCAUGUAUUUUAAUUUUUAAAAAAUACAAAAAUCUGAUGAAAAAUUGAAAAAAAUACAUGUUUUUUGACUUUUACUUGAAAAAUCUUUUACUCAUCUACAAAAGCGAAUGAAAAAAAACUGCUAAAUAGAUUCAAAAUUUUGUCCUGAGUUUAAAAAUACCUAGUGUUUACGUGCUUUUUUUUUGCAUGUUAUAGGGCUAUAGGUACAAGUAGGAUAUUGCGGUUUUAAAACAUACAUUUUUAAAAUUUAUCAAUAGUGACAUUGUAACACUAUUAUCUGUCAUAAAUCUCUGAAUAACACCCCACAUGUACAUAUUUUUUUUAAAGUAGACAACCCAGGGUAUUCAAUAUGGGGUAUGUCCAGUCUUUUUUAGUAGCCACUUAGUCGAAAACACUGGCCAAAGUAAGCAUUCAUAUUUGUUUGUGUGUGAAAAAGUAAAAAAACUAAAUUGAACGCUAAUUUUGGCCAGUGUUUGUGACCAAGUGGUUACUAAAAAAGACUGGACAUACCCCAUUUGCAAUACCUUGGGUUGUCUUCUUUUGCAAAUGGUAUGCCAUCAUGGGGGUAAUUCUCAUUCCUGGGCUACCAUACGCUCUCAAAGGCAGCGUAACCAACCUGGCCAUUUUCAAUGUAAAAAUAUUUGACCCAUAUAUUUGACCUUGUAACUUUCAAAAAUGCUAUAAAACCUGUACAUGGGGGGUACUGUUUUACUCGGGAGACAUCGCUGAACACAAAUAUUAGUGUUUAAAAACUGGAAAACGUAUCACAACAAUUAUAUCAUCAGUAAAAGUGCUGUUUGUGUGUGAAAAAUGCAAAAAAGUCACUUUCACUGACAAUAUCAUCGCUGUGAUAUGUUUUACUGUUUUGAAUCACUAAUAUUUGUGUUCAGCAAGUCUCCCGGUAAAACAGUACCCCAUGUACAGGUUUUAGGGUGUCGUAGAACGUUACAGGGUAAAAUACAGUGCUAGCAAAUUAAAUUCUCUGGAAUUUCGGCCUGGGUUGGCAGGCAGGUCCCUCAAAUUGCAAUCAAUAAAAUUACUUAAUUAUGUAAAAAUAUUACAUAAAUACGCACGUAGAAUUUAAAUAUAUAUGCAUAUUUAUAUAUUUGAAGUCUACGUGUAUAUUUAUAUAAUUAUUUAUGUAAUUUUGUAUAUGGACGUAUGUAUAUUUCUUAUUAUUUUUAUUUAUUUUUAUAUACAUAGAUAUAUAUACAAAUUCAUUCUAAGUGUAUUUUGAUAUAAAUAUAUAUAUAUUAAUUUUAAAAUACAGUUAGAAUAAAAUUUCUUAUAGAUAUAUAAUUUUUUAAAUUUUUUAUUAUUAUUUUAAAAAUUUUUUAUUUAAUUUAAAUUACUUAUUAUUUAUAUUUUAUAAUAAUAUAUAUAUACAAUAUAUAUAGUUAUUAUAUAUAUUAUAUAUAUACGUGUGUAAUUUAAUUAUAAGUGUAUUUUUAUAUUAAUAUAAGUACAUAUUAAUAUAAAAAUACACUUAGUAUGACAUUAUAUAUAUAUGAUAUAUAGACAUAUAUUAUAUAGAUAUAAUAUAUGUCUAUAUAUCAUAUUUAUACAUAUAUAAUUAUUAUUAUUUUUUUAUUACCAUUAACUUUAAUUUUUUUUCUGAUUUUACAGUUGCAGGGAGACUGCCUGUCAGUACAGGCAGUCCCCCUGCAGGCAGCACUAUGGACACCUAUUGUGACCAUGUGAUCGCUGUGUUAAGCGAUCACAUGGCCACAGGGGUCCUAAUCUGCCGUGGGGAGACUGUCUGGGCUGCAGGCAGUCUCCCCACAACCGGAGCCACGCUGAUCGCCGCCGGGGGAACGACGGCGAUCAGGUAAGUACCCCCAGACCGUUUGGACGGUUCAGGACCGUCAUCGGUCGGCAAGGGAAAAAUGCCGAUGACGGUCCUGAACCGUCCUCGGUCCUUAAGGGGUUAAUGUCCCUUUUUCUUGUUGUUUUUUUGUCUAGUAUUUAGUAUGGUGUAGCACGUAAAAUCCAAGAAUGUUUACAGAUCCCGUAUGGAUCACAUGGUGUCACAAGUCUUACCAGCUCACUUAUCCUACCUAUGAUAGCAUGUUCAUUGCUUUCACUGGAAGGCUAGAAUCUCUGACUUUGCUCCCGGCCAAUGGCACAAUCCGCAGUUAUUGCUUAUUGAAAGAAUCAAGGAUUGGGCAUCACAGUGCCAAGGUACUAGUAUUAAAGUGGAUUCAUCAGCUGCGAAAUCUGUGUGAAAGGGUCGUCCAUUCCUCUAGCUAUAAAAGUGUGAUCUGUACACUGUGCUAGAGAAAUCCCCAGCAAAUGUAUGGAUUAAAAGAUAUCCUCCUGCCCGUUCCCAGACAUGCCCAGGAUGAAGGCUGGCUACCCUGAAAUGCCCAAUAUUUCACGAUCCUAUGACUUCUGCACAUCCAUUGUAUGUAUUUAUGUAUUAAUAGUUCCCUUUGCUAAGAGCAUAUAGGUGUUGAUGCAUUAGCCCACUGCGCUAUCUCACCAGUAAUAAUAACAAAAAGUAUAUUGUCACUUUUGUUUGCUUCAUCCUUUUGGUUUGUAUGGACCUCUCCAGAGAUAGCAAGCAAAUGAAGACUUAUUUUUUUUUUUUUUUAAUGUGAUCCCUUUUAAUUAGUGACAAUAAAGAUAUAUCCACAACAUGUUACAUGAACGUUAUAUAUGCCCCCUUUAAAUACGGAUACUGACUGCUGCUAAUGUUUUUUUUAUCUGCACAGAAAGACCAGAUUUCACAGAUGCGAUUAUUCUUCGCAGUGGAGCUUCAGUUGAACAUGUUGUAAGUAAAUAAACUUGGAUUGUUUGUUAAAGGAGAUCUAUAGUAUGGAUAGUCUUAGAAUAUAGAUAUGAGGAAAUCUAAAUGCUCAGUUUCCUUCAUACAGUUGUAUGUGCCUUCCCUAGUUAAUUUAUAUAUCUUUCUUACUGAUACUUAAUCUUAUUACUUUCCAAUAAUGAUCGUCCUACAUGUUUGAAAGUAUUCUUUAUUUAAAGAUUGUCUUUUUGUUUUUUCUAUUUUAGUGUCAUCGGAUUCACAGGACGCUAGCUAGCCAGUUUAAAUAUGCCCUUGUUUGGGUAGGUAUUACUGAAAAUCAAAUUAUUUAUUCGGGUACAUUCACUUUUAUGGUCUCCAGAGCACCAGGCAUUACCGCCUGUGCUAAUCAAUUCAAUCCCCGAUCUUCUGGAGUCCUGCUCCAUUCACUCAUUAGCAGACUGCUUCAAGCGGGAAUCUCAGAAGGGGUUGGCAGGUCCUUUGAGGUCUAUACAUUUCUCCAGUUACUGCUGCUUGAUCAAGCUAAUACGGAGGACAAUUUGUCCGAUUCCAAAUGCACAGAGUGCUCACAGCUCAGGCCUUCCUGUUAAUAAACCGCUGGAGGGGGGGAAUGAAAUAGGGCUUUACCCCUUAUGUCUUCUUUUGCUAAUUAGGUUAUUUUGUGUAGUGGCCUCCAUUCUUCUAAAACUAAACCCAAAUCCCACUGAUACAUGUUGAUGCCACACAUGCCUAGCCGUUUAACACUUCCUCUAUUUCUCUAUGUCAAGAACGUUUACUGUUCCAUUAGAGCAUUACAGGACUGGCAAUACAUGUGAUCACAAUGUGAAAGACUGACAUUUUUAUUUUCACCUAUUAAGCUGUGCCGAUUGUGUUUGACAUUUUGUUGACCUAUGAUAAAGGUCUCAUUGGCUUUCUCCCUGGCAUUGCUUUAUCAUGUUCCUCCAGGUAACUCAACAGCUAAAAUUCCUGAAUAUUUUUUUCCCCCAGGGUACAAGUACUAAAUACAGCCCCCAGAGAGUGGGUCUGAGCCACAAUAUGGAGCAUGAGGACGUCAUUCAGAUUGUGAAGAAGUAAAAGCUGCGAUCUCUCUGUAGAAGGCAUGCCUCACUGCCUUGCAUCCAUCUACAAAACCAUUGCCAAGGAUUUGAUGGCGUGAGGGUUAAUCCUCCCAAGUGAACAUGGUCCGAUUUUGUGGGGGGCAAAGAUCAAUGUACCAAGCAAAACUUCAACAAGAUCAAUGCAAAGCAAAGGGCACCCUAUUCAUCCUUGUUACAUCGUAGACACAAUCAUCUUCAACAGUGGACUUGUUUGUGUCCUUUUCUGGGAGAGUUCUGUUCAUCUAAUAAAUUGAAGGAAUGAUUCACCAAAUGCAGUGUGCCCUGUUGACCUUCUUUUCUUUGUUUUGUUUUUGUUCAUAUGGGGCACAUCUGUGACUAUGCAGUUACAUAAUAAAAUGCAUCUCCUAAUUCUGUGUUAUUUUCAAGUUUCUUAGAAUCCUCACAAAUAAAUAAG